UUCCAGGGAGGCCGAGCGAGGGUCCGGAGCGGUGGGUGGGGAGCAGCCUUGGAAGAGACGCAGAUGAGAUUCUACUACUACUACUACUACUACUACUAUAUGAGGGACCUUCAGUAGCCUUGGAUGCCCGGCGUCGCGCGGUCUGAGCCCAGCCGGAGCGCUUUGCUUAGCAACCGGCUGAGCAAAAAGAAAUAAUAAUAAUAAUAAUAAUAAAAAUUUAAAAAAAGAAGAAGGCAGCAUCGCUCGGAGCUUUUGGCGCGGCGGCUCAAGAGAAAAAGCUUGGUGAGCUGAAUGCAUCGCUUGGGCGUCCGCGGAAGGAGCCGCCGCCGCCGCCGCUCCGGGCUUUAGGUCCAUCUUUUACUCCGGGCUUUAGGUCCAUCUUUUACUCCGGGCUUGUGGCCGUCCCCGGGAGACUAUGCGGUCUGGGAAGCCUCCGUAUAUUUUCGCCGUCUUCGUGCUGAGCGGUCUCUCGGCGCUGCUGCUCCUGUUCCUCGGGCAACCUCCCCCGGUCUCCAAACAGACUCCGCCGCCUCGGUUACCCCAGCUGCCUCAGCUCCGGGAGAGCGAUUUCCUCCGGCGCGUCUGUGGGGCUCUGGCUCGGGGGCAGAAGACCUUCGUGUGGGGAAACCAUCUCCGGACGCCCUUGGAGCGAGCCGCCUCCUGCCAAGAUUAUGUGUCGGGGAGCCACUAUGUGACCAGAUCCGUCACCGCCGAAGAGGCGACCUUUCCCUUGGCCUACAUCUUCACCCUCCACAAAGAGCUGGCCACCUUCGAGCGGCUCUUCAGGGCUGUUUACGCGCCCCACAAUGUCUACUGCAUCCACGUGGAUGAGAAGGUGCCCGCCAGGUACAAGCAAGAGGUGGAGAAAAUGCUGGAGUGCUUCCCCAACGCCUUCCUGGUCUCCAAAGCCGAGCCUGUAGUUUACGCUGGCAUCUCCAGGCUUCAGGCUGAUUUGAACUGCAUGAAGGACCUGCUGAGAUCCACCACCCGGUGGAAGUACGUCCUCAACAUGUGUGGGCAAGAUUUCCCACUGAAAACCAACAAGGAGAUUGUCCAGCACCUGAAGAAGUUCAAAGGGAAGAACCUCACCCCUGGCGUCCUCCCCCCACCGCCCAUAACUUUAAGGACCAAAUUUGUUUACAAGGAGCACAUAGGCAAGAAAGCUUCCUACAUGAAAAGGACCGAGAUCCUAAAACCGCCACCUCCCCACAACCUCACUAUCUACUUUGGGUCUGCCUAUAUCGCUCUCACUAGGCCUUUUGUGGAGUUCCUUUUCAAUGACUCAAGGGCCAUUGAUUUGCUGCAAUGGUCCAAAGACACUUACAGCCCCGAUGAACACUUUUGGGUAACGCUCAAUCGGAUUCCAG